CUCCAGCAGAUCGUAAAGAGAGGAGGGAAAAAAAAGUUUCAACAACAGGGUGGACCAAUGGCAAGUGGCGAGUCAGGGGAAAGGGGCCGAGCGAAGGGAGAAAAAAGUGGAGAAAAGGAGAAAGAGAGCGAGAGUGCGCAGGCUGGGGGGAUGUCUAAAAGAAGAAGCGUUGCUAAUUUUUUUUGUUUGUUUGCUUUUCCAUGCAUGCAUAAUGAGGCCUAAUCAGAGCACGUUGCUGCUGCUCGGAGGACACUUUUGUAUUUAAAGCCUUGCAAAGAAAAAAAGAUCCACAGACGGAUCCGCAGAGCAGCUUGCAGGGCUUGUUGACAACAAGCAGCAUCAGUCGCCCCGCGAGAAAGAGACGCUGAAGCCUGCCUCUUCUCCUUCCCUUGUGCUAUCUUCUUGCUAGCGGGGAGACACGUUUCUUCCCCCCGCCACCCGAAAGUGCAACCCGUACCGAGAGGGAGUACGCGGAGCCAGGACUGUGAAUAGGAUCGGAGCGGCUGGCAUGUGCAGAGAUGCUGCGAACGGAGAGUUAAAAGCUCCCGAGGAGGCAGCAGCAGCUGGGAAUUUAUUUUGUCCAAAAAAAAAAGAAAAAAAAAAAAAAAACGGAACUGCAUGAGGAGCAGGACGGCACCAUGAGCUCUCCCGGCGCAGCCUACAAGUUCCCGAGCGCACUCCGGAGCCGCUCUCCUCCGAGCCCCCGUUUGCACUGAUUCACCCCAGUUCUCCGGGCGCCGCCGCCGCCUCGCCAGGCCGGGAACAGCGGGUGUGGGCAGGGGACGGCCCCGGGCGCCUGCUUCGUUCCGCGGCCCUGCCGGUUUCGGCUCCCGAGGGCUGGAGGGAUCCGGAGCCGGCAGAGAUGGAUUGAUGCGAGGAGACCUCAUGCACAGGGCCGGCAGGAGUUUUGCAAACUUUUCCACGGACGGCACCUCCUUCUUCUCCUCUUCAUCGUCAGCUACCGGCGCCUCUCCCCCCCUCGCCCGCGGCAGCAGCUGCCGCCGCCGCCCGCGAUGGUGGCCCGCUCGCCCGCUCGGCACGAAGGCGGCGGCGGCGGCCGGUGGCCGCGGCCGGCCGCCUGGCUAUGUCUGGCGGCGGCGCUGGGCGCCGUGUGGCCGUCGCGGGGGUCGCUGGUGCAGGGCCGGCGUCUGAUCUGCUGGCAGGCGGUGCUGGCAUGCCAGGGGGAGUCCGACUGCAGCUACGCUUACAACCAGUACGUCGAAGCGUGCGCCCCGGUGCUCCUGCAGCAGCCGCCGGCGGCAGGCGGCGGGGACGGGCCGGCGGCCGCUGCAGGCCUCGCCGUCUCCUCCAGGCGGCGAUGCCCCAGCCACUGCAUCGCGGCCCUCAUCCAGCUCAACCACACCCGGCGCGGCCCGGCGCUGGAGGACUGCGACUGCGCGCAGGACGAGAACUGCCGCGCCACCAAGCGCGCCAUCGAGCCUUGCCUGCCCCGCACCAACAGCCCGGCUGCUGGCGGGCCCGGCGGCUCUGGCCCCGGCCCCGGCGUCAUGGGCUGCACGGAGGCGCGCCGGCGCUGCGACUGGGACAGCCGCUGCAGCCUGGCGCUCAGCCGGUACAUGACCUACUGCGGGAAGCUCUUCAACGGGCUGCGCUGCACGCCGGAGUGCCGCACCGUUAUUGAGGACAUGCUGGCCGUGCCCAAGGCCGUGCUGCUCAACGACUGCGUCUGCGACGGGCUAGAGCGACCCAUCUGCGAGUCGGUCAAGGAGAACAUGGCCCGCCUUUGCUUCGGAGCCGACAUGGGCGGCAACGGCGCCGGCAGCAGCGGCGGCUCGGACGGCGGCCUGGAGGAAUACUACGACGAGGAUUACGAUGAGGAGCCGAGCCAGAAGGGGAGGGACGACGCGGAGGACAAUGCGGGCUCCGAGCCCGGCUUCCCCGUGCAAAAGGAUAGCGCCCGCCGGACCGCCGCGCCGGCCUGGGUUCUGCUGGCCUCCAUCUUGCUGCCGCUGCUGCCGUAGCUCUAGCGUUUCUUUCCCCCCGUUCCCCUCCCCCUCCUUUCUCCUUUUCUCCCCUUUCCUCACCAGCCCAGGCCUUGGCCCCGGGCCGCUGCUGGCCUCUUGGCGGCGGCCCUCCCGCGGCGGCAGGGGCCCGGCCGCCGGGCCCUUUUUGGCGUCCCGCGGCUUUUGCCGCUCGGCUUGUUCCUCCUCCGACCGUUAUCCCGGACGCACUCCCUCCCCCCUCUCCCCCCAAUCCCCAUCCCCAGCCACCCCUCACCGCCUCUCCCGGGCCUCCCCGAAGGCGGCGAUCCUCCCUUUGCCUCCGCUGCUGCCCGCACUGCCCGGCCGGGCCUGGCCUGACCUGUCCUCUCCGGCAGCCCUCGGCUGGCGGUACCGCCGCCGGGACGGAGCGGGGCGGCCGCCGUCCGCUUAUUUUCCGGGUGUGGGUCUCGAGUAUGCACUAUGCAAUUGCUGCCUCCCUGCCUUCGUGUCAGCAGCGAGCGGGCGGGAUACCAGCGACUGUUGGGGCUGCGGCGGGCUCCCCCUUGCCCGCCGGCCGCCUCCCGGGAGAAACCAGCAGUAAUGGCGUGCUGGUAGGGGAUAUUUUUUAAAUAAAGCGUUUUGACAUGAAGGUUAGAAAGAGGUGAGCUAUCCAAACUUGCUGCCAAAGCUCUUGCCGUCCCGGUUAGUCAGCAACGAUUAUCGGUCGGCAAGUCUUGCUCUUCUUGAUGCAGUGGUGCCCGAAAGGGGUUUACAAUGCAUCUGCCCUUAAUUAAGUCCAAGGAAAUAGCAGACUGAAUAAAUUCUGUGGUUUACAGCACUCCCUCUUGCGCACACAUCGUCCGUAUAACAAAAGCGUGCCAACAGCCUUCUCUUUAACUUAGCGACAUAAAAACAAAGCAAAAAGAUUUUUUUUUCAGACUUGUUGGCUAUACUUAACAAUGCAACUUUUAAAAGAGCUCUGCACUGCCAUCUUUAAAGACACUUUUAAACUCGAUAACAUGUAUGUACAAAUAUCCUGAAAAGUUAUAUUGCCUCUCAUGAUAUCAGGGUGCUGACCUCUGGUAAAUCUUAUUUUUUAAAAAUGUAUUUAAAACUGGGAUUUGUUACCAGUCGUUCUUCUUUGUAUAUAGAAUUUUAUAAAUUGUAUGCUUUGGGGAUAAUUUAUUUAAAAAAAAUAAUAAAAGUUUAAAUCCACAUCCUGUUUGCCAGAUAAUUGCAUUUGCUAUUCUUCUCUGGAAAGGUACAGAUUUCAUUUUAUGUGUAAAGGGAUACCAGCAACAAUGAUUCAGUGAAGUAUUUUCUAUAACAUCAAAUGUACAGUGUAUUUUAUAGAUUGGAAGUUAACUUUCUUAUUUGGAGAGACUAUGAACGUUGUAGAAUUGUAUAAAUGCAUUUCUGAGCUGCCUUAAGCAUUGUUCUUUUUUAUUUGAGGCAUAAAAAAAGGCCUGUGUUUUAAAUAUGUAUGGAUUUUUGUAUUUUGUAAACUUGGAAAUUAGUAAAGAGCUUUAAAUAA